AUGCGUCCUGGGGCACUGUGGCCGCUGCUUUGGGGAGCCCUGGUCUGGGCGGUGGGAUCCGUGGGCGCCGUGAUGGGCUCGGGGGAUUCUGUGCCGGGUGGUGUAUGCUGGCUCCAGCAGGGCAAGGAGGCCACCUGCAGUCUGGUGCUGAAGACACAGGUCAGCCGGGAGGAGUGCUGCGCUUCCGGCAACAUCAACACAGCCUGGUCCAACUUCACCCACCCGGGGAAUAAAAUCAGCCUGCUAGGAUUCCUGGGCCUCGUCCACUGCCUACCAUGCAAAGAUUCUUGCGACGGAGUGGAGUGCGGCCCCGGCAAGGCGUGCCGCAUGUUGGGGGGCCGUCCACACUGCGAGUGCGUGUCCAACUGCGAGGGGGUUCCCGCGGGCUUCCAGGUCUGCGGCUCUGAUGGCGCCACCUACCGGGACGAAUGCGAACUGCGCACCGCGCGCUGUCGCGGACACCCAGACCUGCGUGUCAUGUACCGCGGCCGCUGCCAAAAGUCCUGCGCUCAGGUAGUGUGCCCGCGCCCCCAGUCAUGCCUUGUGGAUCAGACUGGCAGCGCACACUGCGUGGUGUGUCGCGCUGCACCCUGCCCAGUACCUCCCAACCCUGGCCAAGAACUCUGCGGCAACAACAACGUUACCUACAUCUCGUCGUGUCACUUGCGCCAGGCCACUUGCUUUCUGGGCCGUUCCAUUGGAGUUCGGCACCCGGGCAUCUGCACAGGUGGCCCCAAAGUACCAGCAGAGGAGGAAGAGAACUUCGUGUGAGCUGCAGCCACCGGGCCUGGUAUUUAAGGCCGUCCUGAUUUUUAUUUAUUAUUACAGAAAAUAUUCUAAUUUAUGUCACAUGGACAUUCCCCAAACCUAGCCUGGAACCACUUGGGGAUCCCCUAGGAUCCUGAGCACAUAUCACAGGAACUGAAGGAAGAUUUUGUAAGAGUUGGUAUAUGCCAUCACCGGGUACUGGGAUCCAAGUUAGAACCCCAGACACCUGCUGCCCAGGGAGGGCCACUUCAUGGAGACCCCCUGAUUUGAUCUCCCCACCUGCUUUCUAGGCUGGCGCUAUCUCAGGCCACAGCUGACGGUAGUGUGUCCACCUCAAUUGGUGUUUGCAUGUGGCCGGUCUCAGGCCAGAGCAGGCAGCAUCGGGUCAGAGAAACACUGGGUUCAUUCCUGUUCAGUCCACUCGGGGUGGGACCUGGUAGAAACAUUGGGCUGUGGCUGACUCGCAAGCCCAGGAGAACCUGUGGACACCAGGAUUCACUCUAGCACCAACUGCCCUGUUCCCUGGACACCCACAUUAGCUUUUAUCCAGCCCCACUCGUCACCAAGCACAUGCUGUUUUGGCUCAUCCAUCACCCUGACAGCUGCCACUGAAAAUUACCCACCCGUGCCUUCAGGGAAACCAAAGAGGGGAGCGAGAGUUCAGUAGGUAGAGUGCUUUUCGAGCAUUCACAACGCCCUGGGCUCCGUCCCCAGCACCACAUAAAACAGACACGUUGACUCAGACCUUUUAUCCCAGCACUUGGAAAGUAGAGGCAAGAGGAUCAAGAGUUCGAGUUUAUCUUUGGUCACACUGGGAGUUCAAGGCCAGCCUGAGCUACCUUAUCUUUGAAAAAAGAAAAAAAAAAAACCUUAAAAAAGGAAGACAAGAUGUCAGACCAUAACAGAAGACCCUGGGAAGGUGCACAGCCCUCCAGUUUGGGGGCAAGGAGUUCCCAGAGUCUUUCUUACCACUCUCCAGUUCUCAGCUGUGCCUUUCUUAUAAUGUUCCCCAAAGUGUCCUUAGCAGGAAGCUAUGGUAGUCUCUCCUACCCUGGAGUUCUGCCUCACCAAGGAAAUAAAAGACAAUAGAAACCACCA